AUGCAUUCCGCCCCUACAGCGUCGCCGGGUGGUGACCGGUCUGCCACCGAGGUCAGCUCCGAGAAGCACGGCAGGCCCGAGAACGACGUCGGGGCCGGCGAGUUUGAAGUGGGUCGUGCGCCUCUCCCGAAGAGCGUCGAGAUGGAAAAGCCGUCGGCCAAGGACAGCGAAGCCGCUGCCACCGCCGCGGCCGCUGAGGCCGACACCAGCGACGUCGAGGUCGGCACCAACCAGACGGACUCGAUGCGAGACUCGAAGGGCAAGCGGGCCAAGUGGUUGAGGUUCUACCGGAAGUUCAAGCUUCCAGUCCACAUGUUCGUGUGGAUGCUGUUCACGGCAUGGUGGGUUGUCGGCCUCGUCUUCCAACGCGACAGGCUCGGCUGGCUGAAGCCAUUCCUGGUCUACCUCGCCAUCACCAUCCGGAUCGUCACCCUCUGGCUCCCCGCCUCCGCCGUCAUGGUGCCCUUGCGCUUCGUCUGGAUGCACACCGUCUCCAGGGUCUAUGACCUGACGCCCGAGAAGCUGCACCAGCCUCUCGCUGCGCUUCUAACCAUCGGCGUCUUCUUGGUUGGAUCCAUGAUCCCCGAAGAGGUAGGAGAGAACACACGCGCCAGCCGGGCCAUCUCCCUCUUCGGCCUGCUACUUAUGAUCGGCCUCCUCACUCUCACGUCCCGCGACUGGAGAAAGAUCCCUUGGCACACCGUCAUUGGAGGCAUGUUGACCCAGUUCAUCAUUGCUGUGUUCGUCCUCAAGACGAGCGUCGGCUACGACAUCUUUGCCUUCAUCUCCGAGAUGGCCCGUACGCUCCUGGGAUUCGCCAAGGACGGCCUCGAGUUCUUGACCGACACGCAAGUCACCACCCGAACGUGGUUCAUCAUCUCCGUCAUCCCGGCCAUCAUCUUCUUCAUCUCGCUGGUCCAGCUGCUGUACCACUGCGGGCUGCUGCAGUGGUUCAUCAAGAAGUUCGCCGUCUUCUUCUUCUGGUCCCUGCGCGUCUCGGGCGCCGAAGCAGUGGUGGCCACGGCGACCCCGUUCAUCGGACAGGGCGAGUCGGCAAUGCUGAUCAAACCCUACGUGCCGUAUCUCACCCUCUCCGAGAUUCACCAGGUCAUGACCUGCGGUUUUGCCACCAUUGCGGGGUCGGUACUGGUGGGAUAUAUCGGCCUCGGCCUCGACGCCCAAGUUCUCGUCUCGUCGUGCGUCAUGUCGAUCCCGGCCAGUAUCGCGGUCUCGAAGCUUCGUUACCCCGAAACCGAGGAGAGUCUCACAAAAGGCAGCAUCACGGUCCCCGAUGACGAGGAGAAGGCGGCAAACGCCAUCCAUGCCUUUGCCAACGGAGCCUGGUUCGGUCUCAAGGUGGCCGGCAUGAUUGUGGCCACUCUCCUUUGCAUCAUCUCGUUUGUCGCCCUCAUCAACGGCAUUCUGGGAUGGUUCGGCAAGUUUUUGGGCAUCGACAAUCCGCCGUUGACACUGCAGCUCAUCUUGGGCUACGUCUUCUACCCGGUUGCAUGGUGUCUUGGGGUCCCGAAGCAGGACUUGCUCGUCGUGGGAGAGCUCAUUGGUAUCAAGAUCAUCACGAACGAGUUCGUCGCCUUCAGCUCGCUUUCGAGCAACGUCGAGCCCUAUAUUUCCAUGUCUCCUCGGUCCAAGCUCAUUGCCACGUACGCUUGCUGUGGCUUCGGCAAUAUCGGAUCUCUCGGCACGCAGAUCGGCGUUCUCUCACAGAUCGCCCCGGGCCGCGCCGGCGAUGUCUCCCGCGUUGCCCUGUCGGCCCUGUUUGCCGGCGUUCUAUCGACCUUGACGUCUGCUAGCGUGGCCGGUAUGCUGUACACUGGCUAG